AGGAAGCUUUGAGCGGCGAGAGCGGCGAGAGCGGCGACGAGCGUGCUCCUCCCCGCUGCGCCAAUGAAAGAUCUGGCGAGCGAGGCGCGAGGAGAUUAGGGCCGAGGGCUGGAGAGGCGGAGGAGGAAUGGCUUCGGCGCUGGAAACGGCGUGGCUGUACUUGAUCAACAACUUCAGUGAUUUUCAGCUAGCAUCACUGGGCAGCUUUAUCAUUCAUGAGAGUGUUUUUUUCCUGUCCGGGAUUCCCUACCUUAUGAUGGAGAAGUGGGGGAUGACGAAGUAUAAGAUCCAGGGCAAGAUGAACACACCGGCAGCGCAGGAGAAGUGCAUCUUGCGUUUGUUGUUGUACCACACCUGCGUCAAUCUGCCGCUCAUGGUUGUUUCCUAUCCAGCGUUCAAAUACAUGGGCUUCAGAAGUACAUUGCCCUUUCCUUCAUGGAAGACCGUUCUUUUCCAAAUUGUUUCGUACUUCAUUCUCGAAGACUUCAUCUUCUACUGGGGCCAUCGGGUCCUGCACACGAAAUGGCUUUAUAAGCACGUUCACAGCGUUCAUCACGAAUAUGCCACUCCCUUUGGUUUGACAUCGGAGUAUGCUCAUCCAGCAGAAAUUCUCUUUCUCGGUUUUGCGACGAUUUUUGGCCCCGCUAUUACGGGACCGCAUUUGAUAACGCUGUGGUUGUGGAUGAGCGUAAGAGUACUCGAGACGGUUGAAGCUCACUGCGGCUAUGACUUCCCGUGGAGCCUUUCGAGAUUUCUUCCAAUCUACGGAGGAGCGGACUUUCACGAUUAUCAUCAUCGGCUGCUUUUCACGAAAUCCGGAAACUACGCAUCGACUUUCACGUACAUGGAUUGGAUAUUCGGGACUGACAAGGGGUACCGUAAAUUGAAAGCAUUGAAAUGCGAGGACGCAAAGAAAGUUGAGUGAUCUUAUGUUCAUAUCUGAAAAAUAAUGUUUUUUUUCUCUUC